AUGGACCCAAUGUUUUUAGGCCUUGAUCUAUCGACUCUGGGGCUGAAGGCUGUCGUCGUCCAGGAGGACUGCGUCAUCGGGCGAGGUCACAUCCCAAGGUUGGAAGUGUACGAUCUUCUUAUGACCCGUAUGAAGGCAGCAGGAGUCGACUUCUCUGCUGUUUCAGCCAUAUCUGGGGACGGACAACAACACGGUUCUGUCUAUUGGUCCCACGAUGCCAAAGCUCUUUAG